AUGAAGCUUUUUGCACCGAACCCGGUACUGGCUCAGUCUCGCUUCUGGUACUUUCUGCACCAGAUGAAAAAGAUGAAAAAGACCACGGGCGAGAUUUUGGACAUUAACGAGAUAACUGAAAAGAAUCGUCGUGUGGUGAACAAUUAUGGUAUCUGGAUCCGCUACAACUCGCGUAGCGGUACCCACAAUAUGUACAAGGAAUAUCGCGAUGUGACGUUGUGCAAAGCUGUCGAGCAAAUGUACUCGGAGCUUGCAGGCCGCCACCGUGCCCGCCCUCGCUCAAUUCAGAUCAUGCGCACUGCCAUUGUUGCGGCCAAGGACACAAAGAAACUUAAUGUGCAACAGUUUCACGAUUCAAAAAUUUCGUUUCCACUGUCCCACCGUCUGCCACGUGCCGCUCAUAAGCACCACAAUACGGUGUUUAAGGCCUCACGUCCGUGCACGUUCCGUGGCUAA